GAAGAACCCCUCACAACGAUGCACCUUCUUUCUUCUUCUAAUAUUUAAUCUACACACCUACUAUCAACAACAAUGACCUCCAAUCCUCAUCAACAAAUAACCACCCACCUCCUCACCACCAAAUCCCUCCCCGUCUCCCCCACCUGGCUAACCACCUUCCUCGCCUCAACAACAACAUCAACAUCACGCACCAUCCCCCUCAGCGCCCUCACCCAAACCGCCCUUUUCCGCAUCUUGACCUCCGACAUCCGCGACUCCCUCAGUACCACCAACCCCUCCACCCUCCUCCCAGUCGACAUCUUCGAUCCCACGAUCCAAGAACGCCGUCUGAACGGCCCCAUCCCACUCCAAGUCCUCGAUAUCGAAGACAUCGGCACGAGUCUCUGGAGCCAGGUGGAGGCUAUUGAGCGCGUGGAAAGGGGGGAGGCGAUUCGGGGGAGGGAGAUCGUGAGGACGGUGAAUGUGGGGGAGGAUAGUGAGGCUGCUGCUGCGGAGAAUAAUAAUAAUAAUAAUGCAGCAGGCGGGGGUGGUGGAGGAGGAGGAGGUGAUAGUAAUGGAACGCAUCGGUUGAUUCUGCAGGAUGCGGCGGGGACGAGGGCCGUCGGGUUAGAAUUCGCUAGGGUCAAUGGGAUUGGGUUGGGGAAGUUGGCUAUUGGGGCGAAGGUCAUCGUGAGGGAUGUUACGGUUGCGAGGGGCUUGGUGAUGCUUACGCCGGAGUCCUGUGUGGUGUUGGGAGGGAAGAUUGAGGGGUUGGAUGUGCAGUGGAGGGAGGGGAGGAAGGAGAGGUUAUUGGAGAGGAUUAAUGGGGGGGUGUAG